AUGGAAGUUGGUUGGAAGUCCGGCCUCGAGUUCGUGGUCUGGAUUGCGGUUUCCCCCCGUCCCAGGCCCUCCAGCCCCGCAGCCCUGCAGGCCGCCACGGGGCCCAGGGGCGCGAGGAGGCGCAGGGUCCGCGGGCCGGGGACAGCUGACCCGACCCCCCGAGGCAGCCCCUCGCCCCGCCGUCCUCAGGCGUGCCGCCCCCCGCGCCCCCGCGCCUCCCGCGGCCCCACCCCGAGAGCCCCGACUGCCGAGCCCCACUUACUGCCUCCAGCCCAGCCCCACGAGCCGGCCCAACCCCACGUUCGAAACAAACAAACGCGCCCCAACUGGGCGCAGCCAUGCCGGCGGGGGCCAUUUAUGGAAGGCGCGCACUACGUUUCCCAGGAUGCCCGGCGGGAGCGCCGGCCCGCCGCGCGGGGCCUUAUGGGAAAUGUAGUUCUUUCGCCCGCAGAGUUCAGGAGUCCAGGGAAGGGAGGGCUCGAACCCAAGCAGCUGGAUUGCCCUGGGCUGCAGUUUUCCAAUGGCUGCCACAAUUUUGACCGGCUUUCCUCUGUUGUGUGUGUGUCUCCUGCUGACAUCUGGCUUUGGGAGGCAGGCAAGCUGCUGGUAGUACCCAUGGAUGGGAGCCACUGGUUUACCAUGCGUUUGGUUGUGGAGCAACUCAUCCAAAGAGGGCAUGAGGUGGUUUUAAUCAUACCAGAGGUGAGUUGGCAACUGGGAAAAUCCUCCAAUUUUACGGUGAAGACUUAUUCCACAACUUACAAUCUGGAGGAGUUGAAUCAGAAGUUCAAGACUUUCUCCGAUUCUCAGUGGAAUGUUCGACCACAAAGUAUACUUUCUAUGCUCUUAGAUUCAUCCAGUGAUAUUUUUGAACACCUGUUUUUACAUUGUAAGAAUUUGUUUAGUGAUCCAAAAUUAGUAGAAUACAUAAAGGAGAGUUCUUUUGAUGCAGUGUUUCUGGAUCCUUUUGAUGUGUGUGGCUUAAUUGUAGCCAAGUAUUUUUCACUCCCAUCUGUGGUCUUCACCAGGGGAUUAUUUUGCCAUUUUCUUGAAGAAAGCACACAGUGCCCCAGUCCUCCUUCUUAUGUUCCCAGAAUUUUUUUAGGGUUUCCAGAUGCCAUGAAUUUCAGAGAGAGAGUGUGGAAUCACAUCUCCCACUUGGAGGAACAUUUAUUUUGCCACUAUUUUUUAAAAACUCCUUUGGAAGUUGCAUCUGAGAUUCUCCAAACGGCUGUCACACCUUAUGAUCUCUACAGCCAUACGUCAAUUUGGUUGUUAAGAACUGACUUUGUUUUGGACUAUCCCAAACCUGUGAUGCCCAACAUGGUCUUCAUUGGAGGCAUCAACUGCCAGGAGGGAAAGCCAUUGCCAAAGGUAAGCUACCUCCUCUCUUGUGUAGUAAGAAUAAUCUGGCUUUGGACAUUAAAAAAAAAGAUUCCUUAUUGA